CCUGCUUCCCAGAGACUGGGAUACGGAGCCACCCGAGGACAGUGCCGCAGCCUCCAGGCGUCCCUGUCAUGUUCCGCAAAGUGGUUCGGCAGAGCAAAUUCCGACAUGUGUUCGGGCAGCCUGUCAAGAAUGACCAGUGCUAUGAGGACAUUCGAGUGUCCCGUGUCACCUGGGACAGCACCUUCUGCGCCGUCAACCCCAAGUUCCUGGCGGUGAUUGUGGAGGCCAGCGGUGGGGGUGCCUUCCUGGUGCUCCCCCUAGGCAAGACCGGCCGCAUUGACAAGGCCUACCCGACAGUGUGUGGACACACGGGACCAGUUCUGGACAUCGACUGGUGUCCCCACAACGACGAAGUCAUCGCCAGCGGCUCGGAGGACUGCACGGUCAUGGUGUGGCAGAUCCCAGAGAACGGGCUGGUCUCUCCACUGACAGAGCCGGUGGUGGUGCUGGAGGGGCACACCAAGCGAGUGGGCAUUGUCACCUGGCACCCGACGGCCCGCAACGUGCUGCUCAGCGCAGGCUGCGACAACGCGGUGCUCAUCUGGAAUGUGGGCACAGCGGAGGAGCUGUACCGCCUGCACAGCCUGCACCCCGACCUCAUCUACAACGUCAGCUGGAACCGCAACGGCAGCCUCUUCUGCAGCGCCUGCAAGGACAAGAGCGUGCGCGUCAUUGACCCCCGUCGGGGGACCCUGGUGGCGGAGCGGGAGAAGGCUCAUGAAGGGGCCCGGCCCAUGCGGGCCAUCUUCCUGGCGGAUGGCAAGGUGUUCACCACCGGCUUCAGCCGCAUGAGCGAGCGGCAGCUGGCACUCUGGGACCCCGAAAACUUUGGGGAGCCCAUGGCCCUGCAGGAGUUGGACUCUAGCAACGGGGCUCUGUUGCCCUUCUACGACCCUGACACCAGCGUGGUCUACGUCUGCGGCAAGGGUGACUCCAGCAUCCGGUACUUUGAGAUCACAGACGAGCCCCCCUACAUCCACUUCCUGAACACAUUCACCAGCAAAGAGCCACAGAGGGGCAUGGGCAGCAUGCCCAAGAGGGGCUUGGAGGUCAGCAAGUGCGAGAUUGCUCGAUUCUACAAACUGCAUGAGCGCAAGUGUGAGCCCAUUGUCAUGACGGUGCCAAGAAAGUCGGACCUCUUCCAGGAUGAUCUGUACCCUGACACAGCCGGGCCUGAGGCAGCCCUGGAGGCAGAGGAGUGGGUGAGCGGGCGGGAUGCCAACCCCAUCCUCAUCUCCCUGCGGGAAGCCUACGUGCCCAGCAAACAGCGGGACCUGAAGGUCAACCGGCGCAACGUGUUAUCGGACAGCCGGCCCGCCACGACCCCUGGCUCCGCCCGCCCGGGGGCCUUCACGCCUGCUGCCUCCACCAGCAUUGCGGCCCCCAGCGGCAGCCUCGCCGGAGCCGGGGAGGCUGGGAAGCUGGAGGAGGUGAUGCAGGAGCUGCGGGCGCUGAGGGCGCUGGUCCAGGAGCAGGGGGAGCGCAUCGGCCGCCUGGAGGAGCAGCUGGGCCGCAUGGAGAACGGAGAUGCCUAGGACCUCAGACCCAGUGGAUGCCACGCCCUGCUCACCUCCUCCUCCCACCCUUUCUCACUCAGCCUCUGCUGGCAGGUCACACUGACUCUGGCUGGCUGCCCCCUGCCCCCCCACUGAGGGUCUCUGGGGCAGGUUCAGAGGCCAGUCUGCACCCUGACCCUUCCUGUGGGCCCAGGCUGGAGCCACCGCCUGGCUUUGGUCAUUGUUGCUGGGGAGGAUUUUUGUACCAAGGAGAGCUUCUACUCUGAGGGACCAUCUCCCCCACCCACACCCAGCCCCCCUGCUCCCUCCCCUGAGGAAGCAGGAGGGGUGGGCUCUAUAUUUUCAUUCCAAAUAAAAUUCUCUUUCUAAAA